AUGGUACGAGACAAGAAGAUUAAGAAUGCUUUUAAGCGGUCAGACGAACAUCGGAAAGCCAAGAGAGAGAAGGAGCAAGCCAAGCUGGCUAGGCGUAUGGAGAUCAAGAAGGCAGAGAAGAACAAAGAAAAUGGAGCUGCACUCAAGGCUGAGCGAUUAGCGAAGAACAUACCUAGGACAUUGGACAAUAGCCGUCAAUUUGACGCUACCUCUUAUCUCACCGCUGAUCCAGCUACAAUGAGGGAUCUGGAAGAGAAGGCUGCGAGGGCAAGUAGGAUGAUCAACGGUGAAGAACCCGAAGAAGACGAUGAAGAAAGUGAUGACGAGGAUGAAGAUGAAGAUGAAAUUGAGGAGAUGCCAGAAGCUGGACCGUCGAAACAGCGUACUGCUCAAGCGGAUGACGAAGAGGAAGAAGGCGAUGAAGACGAGGAAGUAGACGAGGAAGAACAAGAACAAGAACAGCAGCAAGAGAUACUUCCAGAGCAACCCAUGCCACCUCCAAAAAUCCUGAUAACGACAUCCGCUUCACCAUGUAAAUUAACUUAUAACUUCUGUGAUGAUCUCAAGAACGUUUUCCCAGGUGGUGAAUUCUUCAAAAGACCUAGAGGGAGAGGGUAUGAGAUUGGUAGAGUGGCAAGAUGGGCUGGCAAAAGGGGAUAUGGAGCUUUGAUCGUUGUCAAUGAGGAUCACAAGGCGCCUAAUGCUAUUACCCUCAUAAAUCUGCCUGCUGGUCCGACAGCCUACUUCAAACUUAGCAGUGUUAUUCCAAGUGCUCAGAUAUAUGGUCACGCUCGUCCUUCUCCUCAUUCUCCCGAACUUAUCCUCAACAACUUUACCACCUUACUCGGUCACAGUGUUGGUCGAUUAUUCGGUUCCCUGUUCCCUCCCCAACCCCAAUUUAGAGGGAGGCAAGUGGUGACGCUGCAUAAUCAGCGAGAUUUCUUGUUUUUCAGGCGUCACAGGUACAUGUUCACCUCACCAACAUCAGCUAAAUUACAAGAGAUAGGUCCUCGAUUCACACUAAAACUUCGAUGGUUGCGAAAAGGUCUACCAUCAGUCACGGCCCCAGACGGAAGAGCCCCGGCCGGUGAGAAUGAUGACGAGGAAGAUGUUGACCUAUCGUCAGACGAGGAAGGUGUUGACGAAGCUGAGUUGGCGCAGAGGGAGAAGAAAGAUGAGGACGAGGCUAUGGCUGAGAUGGGUAUGCCCGACAAACAAAAGAAACAACCUAAAGAUACGGUCAUCAAGGUGCCUGGUUUGGCUGAAACGGGUGAAUACGAAUGGAAAUGGAAGCCCAAGAUGGAGGUGUCAAGGAGAACGUUCUUCCUAUAG